AUGGCGGCGAACGGGGUCUUCCUCCGUGUUGCUGUUUUUAGACCAACAUCAUGGUAAGAAACUGGCUCUUAUUCAUCGGAAAAACUCAAUCUUGGUGGAGAUUGAUAUCCAUGUGUCGUCCAUGACUCAUUUUUUUUCUGUUUUUUCUAGUCCGACAGUAAGGAACAUGGCUACGUUGAAAGAUAGUAAGUCGAUAUUUGUCCUUGUACGUACUCAGGUAGCUUUUUUAGCCAGACUAUGCCAAGCAUAUGACACAGUAAUGAGAGUCACAGGUGUAGUUUUUAAAUGCAACUACAUACUACGUUUGCAAAUUGAGUGAAAUUUUGUAGCCUAGCCAGUACACUUUUAUAACUUAAUGCGGGAAUUAUGUCUAAAUUAAAUAAUCAUGGCGAAAUACUGCACACUAGCAGAUACGUUUAUGAUUGUUUCUCUCCUCUAGGCUAAAUAAACUGUGUUUUGCAGAUUUUACGUUGUUAAAUUCAAAAAGUUUAAAUUGCAAGUAUUUUGAAUGUUCCAUUCCUACAAGACAUAAGGCCUCUCUAAAAUCUAUUUGUAAUAAUAACAUUUAUUAGUUUCCCUUUCAGUUGUUUAGAAAUUUAGUUAUUCAUUUAUUUUUGUUUUUGUACAAGUGCACCUUUUGUUUUACAAAUGGGGAUGUGGAAUUUGCAUGCAUAAUUGCCUACUGAUCACGUGAUUUCUAUCCUGUAUGAAAUUGUUGACCGUGUGCUUUUCAGCGGCACUGGGUUCACAGUUCAGUUCAUUAGACAAGUUUAUGAUUUACGUGUAGGUUUCUUGUUGUGAGUUCUUCUUUGAUAUUAGUGUGAUGAAGUUCUCCACUUUGAAAAUACAGUUGAACCUCGAUAAAACAGCAACCCUCAGGGUACUGGAAAGUAGCUGCUUACCCUUUAAGUCCCAGUAUCCAACUACAAAUUCUCCAAACUGACAUCCAUACAUUCCUUAAAAAAUUAGUUGAGAGAAUUUUGAUUUAAGAUCAAAGACUUUUUUUUGUGAUCAUUUUAUUAAUUCUCAUAGACUUUGCUCUUGACAAUCUAUGGAUUUUGUUAGGAGAAAAUUGAUGUUGGUCACUAUUGGGGCUUAAAGGGUUAAUGGGGGUUGGCUGCUCAGUAGAGGUUCAUGAUAAAUUAGCAUUCUGUUUAGCAGAAACAUGACUUUAUUUUGAAGCAAACACACGACGGGAGCAGCUCUAUUGGUCUGUGAUUAGUUGUCACCUUAUAUCUCGGACUGUAGUUCCUUCAUCUUAUUCUUAAAAUAAAGCCAGACUAAGUAUAUCAAGGGCUUAAAUGGCUGUUUAGUAGAGGUGUCAACAAUGGGAGAACUCUCGUUGGGAAGGCCAAAAGGUGGUUGGAGCUGCAUAAUAGGGUUUUAGCAUAUCUAAUACCUUAAAUUGCUCAAGAUUUAACAAAUCAAGAUUGUCAGACAAGAAUGCUGCCACGUAUUCAAUUAAAAAAUAUGUUGAGAAUUAUAAUGUGACAUUUUUUCACUUUAACAGUCACCUAUUAGAAAAAUAGUCCCUUCCAAGGCAAAACUAGACAUCAGGUGGUUUUUGUUGUUAUUUUCCAGCUUUGACAUUUCUACAAGACAACUCAACAAAAAUUAACAUGACUUAAAUUAACACAAAUUUUCAGGGCAAAGAAAGUCAGUUUUACAGCUUGCCCUUUGGGCAAGCUGUAGCUAUCAUGCAGUAGCCCAAGGGUCAUUCAAACUUGCUCGAAAAAAAAAUUGAUGAGCAGGAUUGAUUACAGUCCCAAAAAACUUCACUUGCCUGUUGGGUAAGUUAAGAACAGAAUUCAAUAGCGCGAUAGCAAAAUCCACUAGUCCUGAGCUAUCAGACAAGUCAUCGCUUUCUUUGCACACUGAUUUUAAAAUUCAUGUUUAUUUCUUGACGCAUUAAUUCCCUAUAAUAAGAUAAAAUGUAAUUUGCACAUGGGCUUUAAACUUAAGAGAUCAUGCAUGCUGAUUGAACAGUUUUAUUUUUUCAGUCUCUUUGCGAUUAAGGAGUGUCAAGAAUAUUCAAAAGAUUACUAAGUCUAUGAAGAUGGUGUCAGCAGCCAAGUUUGGAAAAGCAGAGAGAGAACUUCGACCUGCAAGAGUCUAUGGAGCUGGUGCAUCAGGUGUGUCACCUGUCUAGCAUCAACCCUUUCAAUCCCUGGAGAAGUCAGAAGCAAAUUUUUAUUGUAAAAGAUGUUGCAUUGGUGGUGUGCCGUUCACCAAUAAAAUUGUAAUCCAUUGUUGACUGAAAACCUUAAUUGAGGUGAUAAUCAGUUAUGAAAAAAAUUUUCCAAAGAUUAUCCUGAAAAAAUGAAAAAUAUUGUCAACAAAUAAGAGUAGAGUGGAACCUCAGUAUAACAAAGUCCUCGGUAUAAUGAACAAUUUUCUUUACCCCAGUUAAUAUAUGAAAAUGAACCUACAAGUAAUGAAACCUCGUUAUAGCAAAUAAAAUUUGUUUGCUAUAAUCUCUAUAGUCCCUUGGCCCUUUGUUAUAUCGAGGUUCCACUGUAUUAAUACUUGUACAGGGGGUGUCAUCAUUUUACUAGACACAUACUGCAGCUACAUGUAUAAUCCAUUGAUGACCCUUUUCUGACACAUUUUGUAUUGUUUUUUCAUGUUCUAAAACACAGUGCUCUGGCCAUGCUCAAAAUCUAUCUGUUGUAAGAAGGGUAUUACUGUUGCAGGCCGAGGUUUACCUUACCAAAGUUAUAAAAACACAAACUGAAUUAGUCAAUCACCUGCAUUGAAACAAUUUUUUUGGAAGAAGGUGUGGGGUGGAUUUGGAAAAUUGUGUAUGUCUCUGAAAACUUUGUAGCUAUGCCCCUGCUUGUAUUUAACGGUUGACUCUAUUAACAAAAAUAAUGCAAUACCACAUAGAAGUAAUUCACAGAAUGAAAUUGCGGCUUUCAAAAAUUUUUAGAGUUGUUUUUGCAUUUUCAGGGAUGUCAUUCUUAAUUUUACCUGUAUCACUUGUCUUUAAACUUCAUAGUCCAUUAUAAACUGCUUUGCCUUCUUUUGAGCUAAUCUGUACGUUUUAUUUUCCAGCUUUGUAUGAGAAGGUAGAAAUAACCCCAAGUGAGGCAGACAAAACCAAGCCUAACAACUUGAUUGUAGUUAUGUCAUCUGAUCGGGGACUUUGCGGUGGUAUCCAUUCUAAUUUGGUGAAAGCUGUCAAGGCUACCUUGGCUGAAAAGGGAGCUGACAAUGUGAAAAUUGUUUCCUGCGGAGACAAAGCCAGACAACUGUUCCUCAGAACACAUGGUAAGAAAAGAAAGUCAUUAAUGACAUUGUCAUUCUUUCCUUUUUUUGUUCACUAAAGGGUGAAAUCUGCAGGGCGCGCAAAAAAUCGCAUAGGGCUCGCAAAAAGCCGCAUCCGGUAGUCUUGCACAAAACAUUGAUUUUCCGACUGGGCAAUAAAAUUUACUUGCCCAAUGGGCAAGGUUCCAGGCCAGUCAUGUCGUGACUAGCGUAGUGACUUGCGUUACAUAUUUGUAACUUGCCUUCCAGUGUUGACAGUUUUAUCUGAGAUUAAUUUUUGAACUUUGAACAAUAGGACAUCUAAUAUAGUUUAAAAAAGAAUGCAUGUUUUUUUAGUCAUAAGGGAACCAAGAUCAGGGUAUGAGUGUGCGACAUUAAACUGUUUCAAUUCAACCAAUUGUGAGUUCUUUUGUCGGUGCUACAGAUUCCCGACAGUUAUCCUCCUACAAAAUCAUUAAGUGAGACAAGCAAGAAAUGGCCUUGGGCAAGCAACAUGUGAGAGGUUCUUGCCCAAAGGGCAAGCUGGAAUUCAAGUUUUUUUCCAAGCCAUGAACUUGUCAGGGUGUAAAUUCACAGAAUAAUAGUAGUUGCUAUAAUUUCCAGUAUCAUACCCAAGGCUGUCUUCUAUGGAAAAUUGAAGGCAGCCAAGUGCUAGCUCUGAACAAGUAAAAUCUAGGGUGCCAAGCAUAUGAUUUGUAUAAAAAAAACCAAGAUUUUCUAGUCACCCAAAAGCAAAAGUUGGGCACCAGGAGUCGCUGGGGCUUUGCUAGAGCACAGCCUUGAUACCCACGGUCAAUUAUUAAAGCAGUGGCUGUUGCUUCUGGUAAUAGUGAAGUGCAAGUUAGAUAAGGCUGUGUAAAAGGCUUUAAGUACAUAAAUGAUAUGUUUUUACCAGUCAGAGCCUUGUCACAUUGAUCUACCAUAUUCAUGGGCUUAGCCCAGUCAAAAUGUUUGCAGUAAUGAUCAUGAUAACCAGAGUGACGUACAACAAAGGCCAAACAUGUGUGGUCACAUCUAAUAUUUUUUAACUUACUGUUGAGUUGGUGGCAAAUAGUCCAGUGGAAUCAGCAAAAUAGUCAAAUGCCAGCUCAUUUUGACUGGGCUGCAGCCUGUAUUUUUUAUCAAAAUCAAACAAACUCAUUUUAGUGCAGUUGAAUAACUAACUUUUUCUCAAGUCUGUUGCCAAAAUGAGCAUCUUUUUGUAUCGUUUUCUUAUUUUUUUUCAGCUGACAACCUACUGAUGAGUUUUUCUGAGAUUGGCAAGAGGCCACCUUUGUUUUGUGAAGCCACGUUCAUAGCACAGGAAAUCAUUGACAGUGGAUUUCAGUUUGAUUUGGGAGAAAUGUACUACAACUGGUUCAAGUAAGUGCUGUAAUAAUUUUCAGUUCCUUUUUAUAGGGAACCUGUUGACUUUUCUAAGACUGAAAAUGAAACCAUAUUUGUUUGGGUGUGGCUGUAGAAAGGACCAAUAUUUCUUCACAUUUGCAUUGACAUGAAUGUCUCAUCUUUUAGGUCAGUGGUAUCGUACAGAACCAAGACGAAGCCUCUUGUCUCAUUUGAUUCUCUAAAUGCAGCUUCAGGAGGUUAGUUCAUUGUGCAUGGCUGUGGAGACGAGAAAGCAAGCAUACAGUAUUUCCUAUCAUCAAAGACCUUAAAGGGCCUGUGUCACGGCUUGCUAGUCAUUUUAUUUGUAUUACCAGUUACAUUUCCUUACUUGCUGUGGAAUUUUGAGAUAACUUGUUAAUAACAAAAUCACAACUUGAUGUCUAACAAAUAGUGCCCAAAAAUUAUAUCAGACAUUACGAGCAACAAAGGUGAACUUUGAAAAAACUGUUAGGGUAACAAGUUUUCAAAAUCCUCAGUGCAAUCCAUUACAGAUUUUUUCAAUUUUUUUUUUCCUUCAAGUUCAUUCGUCCAAGUUCCCUUUUGUGUUGGCUGUGUUGCAUAGUUAUAUUUUCUUUUAAUGUUUAGAGCUGUUGGUGGCAAUAGUCCAGUUUGAAAUUAAAAAUUACCGCUGAAUACAAACAUUAAAUUUUGGAAAAAGUCUGGGAUAAGUCUUGAAUACUGGAUCCAAAAAUCUGUAUGAACCCUGAAGGUUUGUGUGUAUUUUUUUUCAGAGGUGCUCAGUUCAUAUGAUGACCUGGAUUCUGAUGUAAUUAAGAACUACUCAGAGUUUUCUUUGGCCAGUCUUCUGUAUUAUGGCAUGAAGGAAGGGGCAUGCAGUGAACAGAGUUCCCGUAUGACAGCUAUGGACAGUGCUAGUAAAAAUGCUGGUAAGUAAAUGCAACUUCUCAGGCAGCAGAAUUUUUGUGGGGGGCACAGUGAUGUAUUGCUUUACACUUGACUAAACAAAGGCGUUAGUCCUGCAUGCUGGGCUGUCAUUUCCUUUCUGUCAUUUUAUUUCAUUUCCUGUAAAUCCUCUUUUAAGCCCUGUCUCUGUUAAGCCCCCCCCCCACCCCUUUUCAGAAAAAGAAAGUUAAUAAGCCCACCUCUCCUCCCCCUUAUUAUUUUUCACUGUCUAAUAAAUAAAAUUAUAGCCUGUAUAAACAACUGUAAAACUUCAUUUGCACUGAUCCUUGAUGGUUUAUUGACGUGUUGGAAGUUCGGAUUUGUUUUUGAUCCUCAGUUGCAUGAACUCCAACUUCUUGUAGUUGAGCUUUUCCACUUGGCAUUCCAGGUCUUUAUGGAGAACCCAUACCACCAUCUUCGCUAAAUUGAGGGAACUCCCCCCUCUCUAAUAAGUCCCCCGUCACUAUUAAGCACCCCCCCUCAAAUGUGUUUGAACUAAAUAAGCCCCCGAAAGAGGAUGUACGGUAUUCAAGAAACUGAUUUUGACAAUGAGUUUCACCUCACAGUUGAAUAAUAUUAUAAAUGCUCUAAAAUGACCACUAGUAGCUAAAAUUAGCAAAGGAAAAGAGUAAACAAAGAAAUCUGGAUUAAAUGUUAAUCUUACAUCAGUGUCAACUGAUAAAGAAACAUGUGGGCCAAGUUUUAGCCUGCCUUGCAGGUGUUCCAGAGUGAAGGGGAAGGGGUAAUUUGGGCAUACAGAGUGCAACGGGUGUGCAAGGAAGGGGAAGUUCCUUUUUUCCUCCUCCUUGUGUGCCUGGUUUCGCCUUUUCUCUUCCCAGAAUGAAUGCUUCACUCAUUGACUCAUUAGCAUUAGUUCUGGCACCCAGGGCUGUCAUUAAGAGCCGGGGGGUGGGGAUUUCCCCCGGCUAUUCUGAACAUGGUCCCCUGCCACUUUCAUUAGAAAAUAGAAGAAGAAUAGAACCAAAAGAAGUCCGUAGCUGUUUGAUUCCCCUCCUACUUGUUCUAUUUACCCUGCUACUGACAGCCCUGUCAGACACCAGUUAACCUCAGCAUCUGUAGUGGGCCUCAUUGUGAUUCACUUAUGUUUAUCAACCGUGGCUUCGUUUACAGGUGAAAUGAUUGACAAGUUGACCCUCACAUACAACCGAACUCGUCAAGCUGUCAUUACAAAGGAGUUGAUUGAGAUUAUUUCAGGAGCUGCUGCUCUGGACUAG